GAAGCUGAUUGUGGUUGCCAAUCGAGCGCUAAUCAUCAGUACGUAUAAGUACCUGCGUUAGCAACGCAACCCUCUCCCUCUUGAUCAAGUGCCACGGGCGCUAGCUGAAAUGCGCCUCUCCGCAGCUUUCGCAAUCCUCCCACAGUUUUAUCUAGUCUUCAAAGUCGGCCUCUGGCCCACUAUCCUAGCAAUCUGUCAUACCCCCUCCCUACUCCUCCAACCACAUGAACUCUCCCACAUCUUCAUGUCCCCCGUGUGGAAGCUCUUUGGCGACGGCAUCGACGGAAACGCAAGAACCACCAAACAAAAACUCAUCACCCCACACGCAUACGGCGUAGUACUCGACAUCGGUGCAGGACACGGGCAUACCAUCAACUACCUCGAUCACUCCCGCAUCACUAAAUACGUCGCUCUAGAACCCAAUACCCACAUGCACGCUGAGCUCCGGCGUACAGCCUCAGCUGCUGGAUACACCGAAUCUGCCGGGACACUCCUCAUCCUCUCCUGCGGCGCCGAACACAUCAGCACAAUCCUCUCUUCCAUCCCACCUGUCGACACCCUCAUCAGCAUCCUCACCAUCUGCUCUGUCCCUUCUCCCCAAAACACCAUAUCGGGGUUGAUCACGGAGGUAGUGAAACCAGGGGGUCAGAUACUGUUCUAUGAACAUUGUCUUAGUGAUAGGAAGGAUGUUGGGUGGUGGCAGGCGUUUUGGACGCCGCUUCAGAGGGUGGUUUUCGGGGGCUGUUCUUUGGAUAGGCCGACUCAGAAGUGGAUUGAGGAUGUUGGGGGGUGGGUUGGGGGAGAGGGUGUGUGGGAGAUGGAGGAGGGGAUGGAGGAGCAUCUGUUUGGGUGUCGAGCGGGGAGAUUUGUCAAGGCGGGGUAGAUGCAUGACAUGGUGUAUCAUGACUUCCUGUAUGUUAUCGAGUGUCGCUCUUACCCUGGGAGAUAUGUUCAGGAGCCUCAUAUAUGUCUGCCAACGCCUACCUCAACAAGAACAGUCGGGCAAUCAUGUAUUGUGAGCACGUACUAUCACUUAGCCUCAAGCACUCAG